GCUUCAACAUCGUGUACUGAUGUUCCCCGAGCGCCAAGAGGUGGGCGAGCUCGCUUCUUUGUUCACUCUGCACCCUCUUCCUGCAUAUUUAUCUUUAGCUACUUCUGCUGCAUCCUUCCACCUCCCCACCUACGCACCCGCUUCCUACCGUCAUAACCAUGGCCUUCUUCAUUAUUAACGGCCCCAGCCGCCGACGUCAAGGCUUUGCCGACGUUACCUUUCAACAGUUCGAGGAAGAUCUAGAGCGGCUUAGCGUUGAGAGAGCGCAGCGUUACAACGACCCUCCACCGCCCUACCCAUCAUCGGGCGAGACGACGCAGCCUCCGAGCCCUGCCGAAGCUCCCGAUGCUGAUGAGGCGGCGCUUCAAGCCCGGUGUAGUGCCAUGCAACGGUCGAUACCGUCCGACCAGUUCGAUAGCCAGACGUGCAGAGAGACAGAACGGAUCAUAUACCAGAUACAGAAAGAGCGCUACGGGCGGAGGCAGACGCUGCCAUAUGAUGAAACGGCCGACUUGGAAGCGAACACCGACAACAACGUCCGAGCCCGUUGGGUAGAACAGGGCAUUUGGAAGGAGGAAUGGGGCCCGGCCUGGCCAAAGGGAGCCAAGCCGUCGGAUAACCGCUGGCGUUCUUCACACGAGGGUACACGAGGGCCUUACAUCUGCACCAUCCGCUGGCGUCAUGAAAAGAGGCCCGAACCACAGUUUUUACCAGAGCCAGCGCCGGAGCCGGAGGCCCAGCCGUUCCUAAAUAUCUUCGCUGGAUUGGUGCGAAAAGCACCAGAUACUGCCACAGAAGAACCAGCACGUGCUUCUGCACCAAAUGUCACCGAGGCGCCAGCGGCUACAUCUGAACGCGAUACUUCAGCGUCUCGACCCUACCACCAGUUUCUCUUCCAGGUAUCUAAGGAGCGCGAAUGGGUUAGAGAUGAGCUUCAAUUCGAACGGGCCACUGGAACGAUUGACAUCGACGCCAUGGCCUACGAAAGCACUAAGAAGAACUGGAUCGAAGACGGGAUUUGGAAUCCUGCAUGGGGCGAGCUGCCCGGAAUGACCUGGAUGCACGAGGACCUCCUGGACGAGCAGGAGGAGGACAAACGCCGAACGUCCAAACCGCAGCCUAAUGCAGUCCGCAACGAUGAACAAACACCCCGUCUGCCUAGCCCCAGGUCUUUCAACUCGGAACCAACGCCUAGCGUCUACAACGAUGGUACAAACAGCCAUAAUUUAUUUACGGUUCCCGAAGAGGCUGAUGCCCCUAGCGGAGGGAUAGCUAGAGCGGGAGGCAAGAAGAAGAGGACAAAAGGCACUUCCCGGCUGUCUACCGUUAACGAGAGCCCGCGGUCAGCGGAAGUGCCAGGAGGCCGAGUCCUUCGGAGUGUGCGUUCCUCAAAAGUGAUGAAACCAAGCACGUCACGCGCUGCAAGGAGCAAUGAUGCGAAUUUGGCACCUAGGACCGAGCAAGCUUCCACCGAAAGGCCUAUCCGUACCACCAGGCGGUCUUCUCUUGGCCUAGCGGGGUCAGGGAUGUCGAAACCGAAGAGCAAGAGAGAACACCAACAGCAACUGAACGCUCGUGCCCAGAAUGCCACUUUGCAGUUGCCGUCGGCCGGGGCGCUCAACAAUACCGGACAACGACGUCCUACGGUCAAGGAUCAGCCGAUUACGACUAAGGUACCCCGGAGAAGUGAGCGCAUAGCUGCACAGAUGCGGAAUACGCCAGAGCGCAAGCGUAGGACAGCAGGCAGUGAUCGGAUAAGAAAACGGAAGUGCAGCUCGAAUGGGGGGAUACAGGCGAGACGGCGGUUAAGAUUAUAGUUAAUUCAACUUAGAUGCAUUCCCAACUUUGAUGAAUUAG